AUGUUUACGAUAAAGUCAGAACUUGUGUUACUGUUCGUAUUUUUACUCGAAACCUAUUGCCAAAGACGAAUACAAGAGGGUAAUGAAGUGACGAAGGACAAACCGUAUGUGGUAUAUUUAGUGAAAGCACCAAUAGCUUCUGUUCACUAUGACUUUUGGCUAUGUGGCGGUGCCUUAGUGACCAGUGAAUAUGUAGUCACUUCUGCAGCAUGCAUCAAAGAUGUGGAUUACCUCUAUGUGAUAGCUGGUUAUAACAAAUACGUCACUGACGCUGAAUUAGAAACGGAUAAAUGUACUAGUAAAAUGAAAAAGAAAGUGAUUUAUACUUGUUAUCCAGAGGGUUAUGAAAUAAGGUAUGAAAGACUGGACAAAUGGGCACUGAUAGAUAUAGGUGUCGUUAAAGUUGAAUCUCCUUACGAUUUUACUGACGAAUCCUACAAGACUACAUGUUCCUACGUACCAACUGUGAUACCGGUUAGCUAUGAAGCUAGGUACCAAGAGCCUGGAACUGAUGCUAUUGUGUUCGGAUGGGGACAUUUGGUCAAAUGGAGAAAGGGAAGCGAUGCCAGAAACCAUAAUCAAGAAAAAUUAAAUUACGCACCAGUAAUGAUAAUAGAUAAAGAAGAAUGUAAAAAACAUUAUACGGAUUAUGAAAAUAUGACUGAAGUGAUAGAUAAGUACAUGAUCUGUACAUACGGACCGGGCAAUAUUGAUGACCGUGGUGAUCCAGUUGAACCAGGAAAACCCGAACACGAUGGAUGUAAACCGAAAGAGAAAAAUAAAGAGACAUGUAAAAAUAAAGAUAACGCUGAAAGUAGACGGUUUAUUGAAAUGACAAAUCUUCCGCUGAAUGAAACAGAAACGAAAAAAGAAAAGCAAACAAAUUCGAAACAAGUGAAUGUUUCUAAUGAAACUCCUUUCAUUAAUGAAACCAUUAUACGUAAAAGACCUCUUGUUUAUGGCAUUGAUGGUCGAAGACAUGGAAUUUGUCAGAAUGACCAUGGUGGACCACUAGUAACUUGGGUCGGUACCCACGAAAUCCUCAUCGGCAUAGCAUCUGUAUUUAAAGUGUCAGAGGAUUCUGAAUGUGUGGGUCCUUUUUUGUACACAAGCACGCAAUGUAAUGGAGCAUUCCUAGAUUGUAUUUUAACAACAGAUAAAUUAGUAAUUCCGAUUAAGAAAAAGAAAAGUAAUACGAGGCGAGCUGUAUGCAGAAAGAGACCAGAGGACGAAGGUCACCCCACAGUAGAACGACACAUAUCCUGGUUAUAUCAUCCAGCUGGAGCCGCUGAAAAUGAGAAAAUUGGUAGAAAUGGAGACAUAACAACACCUGAGCCAGCAGAAGAGAACACUCAACAUGCAGAGACACCUAUAGUAGAUAUCAAUUCUGAAGCACAUGCGAGAAACAUAACGCAAGAUUACUUGAAUGUGCAUAAACCUAUACCAAAUAAUCAGUUUGAAGGAAAUGAAAGAUAUCCAGCUAUCAAUAAUUAUGGGAAUAAUUACCAGUAUGCACCCAAUGGGUACGUAGCCAAUGAACAAUAUUUUCAAAAUCAACAAUAUGGAACAAAUCAUUUUAUACCAGCCAAUAAUCCGGUACCAAAUAAUAAUGUACCAGUAAAUUGGGGGACACAGAAUGGUAACUAUUUGGCUCAAAGGCCUGUGCCAAUUGGUAGAUAUAAUCCAAAUGUCAUGCUUCCGCCAAUAAUCAGAAGUCCAGUACCAAUGAGUGGACCUACUUUGACCAAUAGACGUCCUCCAGAAAUAUAUAAACCACCUCUUGCUCCUGCUUCGAUCCCAGAAAAAACCAUGGAUAGUCAAAAUCAAGAAUUGUUCAGAAUGCGACCACAAGUUCCUCUUCAUGUUUGA